GCUAACCAGAGGAGAGUAACGUUACCUUUUAUUCAGCUGAAGCUGCAGAGGGUUCGUCCGUAUUAUCACCUUUUGAUAGAAGAGUCAGAUGUCUCGAAAAGCACUAAAAGUGGUGGUGGAAUUAAAAUUCAGAGCGGUUUCUUGUCCUGGAGUUCAUUUGUCAGCCAAGGAUGAUAUCUACCUCAGCAUGUGCUUCAUGGGACAGUACCGUCAGUCUGAUUGUCUCCCUGCCGUCUUUCCUCUGCUGUUUCAUGAGAAGAUGACCUUUGAAAAGAUUUUCAGGCAUGCAGUUGACCCUGGAGACAUCGCUGUAAUGCUUGAGUAUGAGACGGUCAGAAUUGAGCUGGUGCAGUUGAUUCCUCCAGUGGGGGACACUCUGGCCUGCUUUGAAGAAGAUGCUCGACAUUUCUUAUUCCCAGAGCCCAAACUGGUUCCCUCCUUCUCUGGAGUAGAUCGCGAGGUUCUGAUGACCCGAGCACCUCACUUUUCAGGUAUCGCUCCAAGGUUGGAGUUUUCCAGCAAAACAACCAUCAUUGAGUGCUCAGCUGAUGCAGAGAUCAACAUUUACCCCAAUGUACCCCUGAGGCCAGUGAUAAAGAGGAACAGGAAACACUCCAGCAGACCCAGGACCUCCUCUCCUCAGAGGAAACAACCUCAAACCCUUGGAAGGAGACGAGGUGGCAGGGCGUAUAGAGAAAGACGCAGCGCCAGGUCACCGUCAUACAUUCCCCGAUCCCAGUCCCUGUCCCCUCUGAGAGCUGGAAACACCCACCAUCUGGCCCGGCUCAGCCUGGGUUCUGCAACACCCGGCCCUGCCGACUGGGACACAACCAGCACCUCCCAGCCUAUGCUGGCUUCGUGGCCCGGAGCCAGUCGACCUGCCUCGCCCCACCACUCUGCAGUGUUUAGCAACACCUCUUCACCUUUGACCAGGUCUUCAUCCGUAGUGAGAUUUUCUCCAACUGACAGAAGAAAAUCUUUUUCCAGUGGUUUGGUUGGAGGGAUGUCAGAAGACAACUCCAGCUCUUCAGAAACACUUGACCCCCUUGACUACCACCAAGGUCCUGAGCCUUCAAGGAUGGGGGGGUCUUACAGAGAGCAGGCCAGGCACAGCAGGUCUCAGUCCGGCUCUCACAAAGAAUGGGAAGAAGUCCACGAGCGUGUUCGGGGACUCCUUACGACACCAAAAGCUGUACGCCGACUUGUCUAUGGGGCCACACACUCCGAGGUAGACGAGGUUUUAGCGCGGAGGUCCAUCUCUCCAGGUCCACCGUGAUGACCUGGCCAGGGUCCUGAAAGGGAAAGAAACCAUCACAUUGCCAAUGAAGUCUUCAGAUGUCAAGACUGUCCUGGUCUGUGUGUGUGUGUGUAUGUGUGUGUGUGUGUGUGUGUGUGUGCAAAACAGAGAGGUAUUUCACUGCAGUGGUUUGAUAAUUGUCCACACACCCUGUAUUAAUUGACUGUCAAAAUAGUGUGUUUUAUGUAAAAAUAAAUAUUUUAGAAAUCAUG